GUUUCCCCGGAGCCUCCUCCAGGGCUAGGAAGAUGCUACAGUGCCUGACUUUAGAAAGUGAGGAAGGGGCUGAAGAGAGGGAGGAGAGUUCCACAGAAGAUCUAGAGGAGCUAAAAAAAUUGGUCGCUCUGGCUUUUGUGAGAGAGAACACACAAAAGAGGCUUCAGAAUGCCCAGCAGCAUGGCAAGAAAAAGAGGAAGAAAAAAAGAUGAUUGGUGAUCAAUCUAUCCAACUGCCGGUAUGACAGCGUGCGCAGGGCUGCCCAGCAAUAUGGCCUUCGAGAGGCGGGUGACAAUGAUGACUGGACUCUCUAUUGGACCGACUACUCAGUGUCGCUGGAGCGAGUGAUGGAAAUGAAGAGCUAUCAGAAAAUCAAUCAUUUUCCUGGGAUGAGUGAGAUCUGCCGCAAGGACUUGCUGGCCCGGAAUAUGAGCCGCAUGCUAAAGCUGUUUCCUAAGGACUUCCAUUUCUUCCCCAGGACCUGGUGUCUUCCUGCUGACUGGGGAGAUUUGCAGACUUACAGCCGGACAAGAAAAAAUAAGACUUACAUUUGUAAGCCGGACUCGGGUUGCCAGGGGAAAGGCAUAUUCAUUACCCGGUCGGUGAAAGAAAUCAAGCCAGGAGAGGAUAUGAUCUGCCAGCUUUACAUUUCAAAGCCCUUCAUCAUCGACGGGUUCAAGUUUGACCUCCGGGUUUAUGUGCUGGUGACCUCCUGUGACCCUCUCAGGGUUUUUGUGUACAAUGAAGGACUGGCUCGCUUUGCCACUACCUCUUACUCCCACCCCAACACAGAAAACCUGGAUGAUAUCUGUAUGCACCUGACCAAUUAUUCUAUCAAUAAGCACAGUUCCAACUUCAUUCAAGAUGCGCAUUCUGGCAGCAAGAGGAAACUCUCCACCUUCAACUCAUACAUGAAGACCCACGGCUACGAUGUGGAGCAGAUCUGGAGGGGCAUUGAGGACGUCAUCAUCAAGACUCUCAUAUCAGCUCACCCAGUCAUCAAGCACAACUACCACACCUGCUUCCCCAGCCACACGCUCAACAGCGCCUGCUUUGAAAUCCUGGGCUUUGACAUCUUGUUGGACCGAAAACUGAAACCCUGGCUGUUGGAGGUCAACCAUUCUCCAAGCUUUUCCACUGACUCCAAGUUGGAUAAAGAGGUGAAAGACAGCCUGCUCUAUGAUGCGUUAGUCCUCGUCAACCUGGGGAGCUGUGACAAAAAGAAAGUCUUGGAGGAGGAAAGACAGCGGGGACGGUUCCUGCAGCAGUGUCCAAACCGGGAGAUGAGGAUGGAGGAAGUCAAGGGCUUCCAGGCAGUGAGGUUACAGAAAACAGAGGAAUAUGAAAAGAAAAACUGUGGCGGCUUCCGGCUCAUCUACCCUGGUCAGAAUUUGGAGAAGUAUGAAAAAUUUUUCCAAGACAAUAGCUCCCUUUUCCAGAACACUGUUGCUUCCAGAGCCCGGGAGCUGUAUGCAAGGCAGCUGAUCCAGGAGCUGAGGCAGAAACAGCAAAACAAAUUCUCCCUAAAAAAAGAGAGGAAGGAAGAGAUGCAGGGCGAGUCUGCGGGUGAGCAGGCAAAAGACAAAAUCGUGCGACUCCAGCGACCCAGACAGCAGCCCAAGUGCAAGCCGGCCACCUGUCCCCCCAAACAAUCCUUCCAUCCAGUGAAUUUAGGAUCCCGCGCAUCUAGCCUGCUCUUAAAUAUCAGAGGCCUAAAGAAAAGUGAAACUGCCAGGAGCCUGGACCAGAAGGAUUCCAAGAAUGAGGUUGUCCUCAUUCCCUGCAAGGCGGUGUCCGCGAGGAACUACAGCUCUGUCCCUGACCUCAGGAGUUCAAACCCCAGCUACUCCGAGUUGGAGUUCCACAUGACCAAGUCCAAAGUCAAGGAAGUCAAGUCGGCCUUUUCAGUGAACAUAGUCAGCAGUGCCCAGCCCAUAACACCUGUAGAAACUUCCGCAGAUGCCACAGCCCCCAUCUCAACGUCUCUAGAAUCCCUAGCGAGCAGCCUCUCCACCACCCCGGAGUGCAGCAGCCCUGAGAGUAUCCACAUGGCCUCCUAUAAUCACAAGCAGCAGAAGGCCUCCUACAAGCUGACCCAGGAGAAGAAAUCUAAGCCGCUCAUGUUUUCCAAAUCCAGGCAGUUGGACCUGAACUGUACCUCGAUGAAGAAUGACAUUAAGAAACAAUAUCUGAUGUCAGAGAUACUGCAGAAGGUUCAAAUAAAGAAGAAACGCCCCUUGUUCCCAGUUCCCAAGACACAAUACCCAUCCUUGUCUAAGGAGCGGUACACUCACGGCCGCAGCUCCGGCAGGAAGAAAGGAAUGGAGGCACACUCUGUCGUCAUCCUGCAGAGUUCUCACAGCCAUGCUGAAUCUCUGAAUGACCUUCUGGUAGUUGCCACUCAGGCCCGUCUGGACCCUCGGCCCAGCAGAAGCCAUUCGGGCACUACGACAAGGGACUCUGGUACACAGGCCGAAGCACACUGCCACUGCCUGAGGUCUGGUCAGAAAGGAUGUGAGAGAAAUCAGCAUCACAAAGACAAGAAAGAAAGAAAAGAAAAAGGGACGAAUUGGCCUUACCAUUCCAGAAGACUUUGUAAAAGUGUCUGCAACACCUACAGAAUGGACUGGAAGUUUCAUUUCCACAUCUAGAAAUUUCUGGUCUGAUAACUAUGUCUCACCGGCACCUUUGAGGACAGCAGUCUUCUCUUCUGUGCUCUCCCUGUUAGUUCACAGCACUGUGUGUGUGUAGGACCAGGACUUGCAGGGCUCGAGCACUGCUUCCCCAGGACAAAGUCCAGCUGCCUUAGCUGUGGUGCUCCUCUGGGUCCCUCACACAAUGGCCACUGUCAUCCAGAACACUCCCUUGGGGGAGGGGGGGUCAAGCAACUUAAGGGAGGAGUGAGGGGAGGACUCAUGAUUUCCAUGAGUCCAGAGCCUUCAUUCCACCUGCAAGCCCGUGCCAGUCCCCGUCCUCCUCUCCAAAGAAAAAGAAGGCAGAGUCUGGACUAAGUGUGGUGGAAUUCUGAGUCUGGGUGGAAAGAAGCAGGACAGUUUCAACUCACCAGCAGAAGAGAGACCAUCGCCCUCUCCAGCUAACCCAAAGGCUUGCCACCCCAGUACCUAGACUGUCUCCUGCUGCUAUCUUCCCUUCAGUCUUGCUGGCAAAGACAGGUAAUGUGAGAGAGCCUAGCCUGCAGGUGUUUCUUCCAUUGACCUGCAGAAAUUAUAUGUCUCCCCUCAUGUAUACAUUGAUAAAAUAAAUUGCCAAGCUCAAUACUAGCAAGGACCCUGGUCCAGAGUGUGAGGUGGGACGGUA